AUGGAAGCGGAAAUGGCUGAUCAAAAUAGCAAAAUUAAGGAAAUGACCCUAGAUGAAGCAAAUGAAGUUAAUGGAUUGCAACAAGACUGGUUAUCAUCAACGAUACCUUGGGGAUCGGCAUGGCUUAAGUCGGCGAAAGAAAAGACAUAUUCGACUCUUACACUUGUGAAGAAAGAUUUGAGUGAACUUAGUGACGCAGUAGCUACUGAAGCCACUGCUUUGGCUUCUACAACAGUGGAAUCAAUACAACAUAUUGUUGGAUUUGACAACGUUGAAAAUGAGACUACUAACGAGCAGCCAGGCACUAAUGUUGAACAAAAUUCUUUCGGAUUAAACUGGGCAUCAAAAUUACCUCCGCUAUCUUCAAUAGCUGAUAAUGCAUGGAUGAAGUCGCUUGUGGAAGCAGUGAAGAAUAUCGGGCAAGAAGACACCACUAUAGGCGAGGACGAGUUUACCGAAAUUAUUCACCCGAAACAGUCGUCUGCUUCGAAACCGGCAAAAAAGUUUGCAUUAUCUACGGAUCAGCUUUGUUUGUUACAAACGGAUCGAAUGACAUAUUCGGUUGAACCAGAUGGUGAUGAGCAGCUUUAUAAAUUAUGGAAAGAUGAAUUUAAUUUAGCGGAGCACGAUGUUGAAAUUAAGAGUCUUUUGAGCAAUUGCCCCAAUAUGCGUGUGAUUUAUCAAGAAAUGGUUCCAUCAUCCAUUUCGGAUUUGCACUUCUGGCAGAGGUAUUUCUACAAAGUUCACCAAGCUGAAUUGAUUGCUCAAUGCGAUAACGACUUGACAAAUGAAGAUUUUAGAAUAAACGCUAAAUCACCUUUGAAACAAAAUUUUUCAAUUAAAUCUCCAAAUCGAAGUAUAUUCUUUUUUGAUACAAUGAUAACGGAUCGCUUUCAGCCUUUAAACUAG